UCUUGGAGUGAGACUUGUGCGGAACUGAGUGUGUGACGGUUGUGCAAAUAUGUGAAGCGGUCGUGACUGUGUCAAUGCGCGAAAAUUUUGGUGGUGGAAUAACGUUCGGCCGCGGUUAGUUUCCAGUGGUGUGUCAUGGCCGUUCCUGGAGUGAUUCGCAGGCUGGAAGAGGCGGUGGUGAACAGGAUUGCUGCUGGUGAGGUGAUCCAGCGACCCGCUAAUGCCAUUAAAGAAAUGGUGGAGAACAGUUUGGAUGCCAAAUCUACAAAUAUUCAAGUUAUUUUAAAGGAUGGUGGACUGAAGUUGAUUCAGAUCCAGGACAAUGGGACUGGUAUCAGGAAGGAAGAUUUGGAAAUACUUUGUGAAAGAUUUACUACAAGCAAGUUACAGAAAUUUGAAGAUCUUGCCAGCAUCUCUACUUAUGGAUUUAGAGGGGAGGCUCUUGCCAGCAUAAGCCAUGUGGCACACGUCACUGUGACAACUAAAACUGCUGAUGCGAAGUGUGCAUUGAGAUGUAGCUACUGUGACGGGAAAUUAAAGGCUCCUCCAAAACCAUGUGCUGGAAACCAAGGGACGCAGAUAACCGUGGAAGACCUCUUCUACAAUAUUGCUACACGAAGGAAGGCUCUGAAAAAUCCCAGCGAUGAGUUUUCCAAAAUUGUGGAAGUUAUGAGCAGGUAUGCAAUUCACAAUUCAGGAGUGAGCUUCACUGUGAAGAAGCACGGUGAAACUGUUGCUGACGUUAGAACAUUGCCCAAUGCCUCAACCCUUGACAAUAUUCGAACAAUCUUUGGAAAUGCUGUGAGCAGGGAAUUAAUUGCAGUGUCCUUUGAAGAACCAAAAUUUGCUUUCAGAAUGAAAGGUUAUAUAUCCAAUGCAAAUUAUUCAGUAAAAAAGUGCAUCUUUUUGCUCUUCAUAAAUCAUCGCUUGGUGGAGUCAAGUGCUUUACGGAAAGCAAUUGAGACUGUUUAUGCAGCAUACCUUCCCAAAAAUACACAUCCCUUCUUGUAUCUGAGCCUUGAAAUAUUGCCACAAAAUGUAGAUGUAAACGUCCAUCCAACAAAGCAUGAAGUACACUUUCUGCAUGAGGACAGCAUCAUCGAGAGUGUGCAACAAUACAUAGAGAGUAAGCUGCUUGGCGCCAACUCCUCCAGAACCUACUUCACUCAGACUUUACUGCCAGGGCCAGCCAUAACCUCCAGUGAUUUUGUCAAACCUUUGGCAGCACCACCUGUGGUUCAGGGUUUUAAUGACAAACCAUGCGCUCGCCAGCUGGUGCGAACAGAUGCCAGGGAUCAGAAGAUGGAUGCUUUCCUUCAACCAGUCAGCAGGUCGCAUGCUGUGCUGCCUGCUAUUCCUUCUGCUGCAGGAGGACCCAGGUGUCAAGACUCUGAGAUGUUGGACACGAGUGACUUUGAAGUGCUAUCUGUGAAAGAUGUCGGCAGCUUGGCUAAGACUGUGGAGAAAUAUGUGCAUCCUUGUAUUGACGACUCCUCCAGUGGCCCAUCCAGAAAACGAUCGAGGCCAGAUUCACCAAGUGAAGAAAAGGAAGCGAACUCCAGUCACAAUAUGACAGCGGCUCAUCUUCCAAAGAAACGAAUUAUUAACCUAACCAGUAUACUCUCUCUGCGGGAAGAGAUCAACAGUCGAAACCACACAGGCCUUCAAGAUAUGUUGCAGAAUCAUGUAUUUAUUGGUUGUGUGAAUCCUCAGUGGGCAUUGGUGCAGUACAAACUAAAACUUUACUUGAUCAACACCACUAAACUCAGUCAGGAAUUAUUUCAUCAAAUCUUGAUCUAUGACUUCCGCAAUUUUGGAGUUUGAGUUCAGAACCCAGCCCCACUGUACGAACUGGCCAUGAUGGCACUGGAUAGUCCAGAAAGUGGCUGGACAGAGGAGGAUGGUCCUAAAGAAGGAUUAGCAGAGUAUAUUGUUGACUUCUUGAGGACAAAAUCUGAAAUGCUGCAAGAUUAUUUUUCCCUUGCUAUUGAUGAGGAGGGAAACCUAACUGGAUUGCCUCUGCUCUUAGAAAAUUAUAUCCCAGCCCUUGAGGGAUUGCCAAUGUUCAUCUUGCGUCUAGCUACAGAGGUGAACUGGGAUGAAGAAAAGGAGUGUUUUGAAACAUUGAGCAAGGAAUGUAGUAUCUUUUACUCCAUCAGAAAAGAAUACACACUGUAUGAUUCUCCAGUCUUGCUGCAUCAAGAUCAGCAGCAUGAAGAGCUUGGCAGUAACAAAUCAUGGAAGUGGUCUGUAGAACAUGUUAUAUCCAAAGCUUUCAGGACUCUGCUCCUUCCACCAAAGCACUUUGCAGAAAAUGGAUCCAUCCUGCAACUUGCCAAUCUACCUGAUCUGUACAAAGUCUUUGAGAGAUGUUGAUCAGUUAUUACAAAGAGACAAAACUAAAUGUCUAUAUAUAAACAGAUUUGAAGUGCUGCAAAUAAUAUUCAUUAUACCAGUACUACUCCAAGGCAGUAGAAUCGUACAGCACAGAAAUGGACUCCUUAGGCCACCUUGUCUAUGCCAACACUAAUCCCAUUUGCUUGCGUUAGGCCUUUUCUAUGUACCUCCCUAAAUGCUUCUUUUUAGAUACUGUAAUUGUAUCUGCCUCUUGCAUCUCCUCUGUCAGCUCAUUCCAGGUAACCACCACCCUUUGUGUGGGGGUGGGGCUCAAAUCUUUUAAGUUUCUUCCUGCCUCACCUUAAACCCAUGCCCUCUAGCCUCCCUGGGGCGGGGGGGGGGUGUGGUUGGAGGUUGGGGGGUGGCUUUGCUAUCCAUCCCAUCUAUGUCCCUUAUUUUAUAAACCUCCAUAAGGUUACCCUUGGCCUCCUCCUUUCAGAGGAUAAGGACUUGUUUUAAAAAGUAAAAUACUUUAUCGCAUAGAAGUGUAGAAAGCUUUGCAGCUUUGCUCCUUUAGGGGAGAGGGGCCUUAUUCCAAAAGAGGCACAAAUCUGAGAUGGGACUUGCACCAAAAGAGACCUAUGAUGGUGGCAACAAUGUCUGUUAAAUCUUCUGUCCAUCAAGGCAAAGUGUUUUUUCAGUUGUACAUGAUUGUUCAAAUUAAUCAAAUCUUCAGAGUUUGUUCACCAGCAAGGCUUGAAAUGGUGUAAUCAUAUGUUAUAAUAAAGUUCUGCUGUAACCAUUUUAAAUGCACAACCCAGUGUCUCUGGAUCAUUGAUCCUGAACUCUGGCUGCUAGAUCAGUAACUGACAAGCCUAAUGUAUCUUGUGCCAUUCUACAUAAGUGCCUCUGGAUCUGAAUUAUGAUAAUUUUGCACUUGGCUAACAUUCUCUUCCCACACUUGGACAACCAAAGAAAUGAGUAAUUUCUGUGCAGAAGCUGCAGCAAUUCAUUUUCUCACAGGUUACUAUUUGAUGGUCACACCUUGAUAGGAGGUGGAAAGUUGCUUGAGCCACAAUUCUAUCAGAUCUUACUGCAAGCACAGCACAAAUUAUUAAUGUAACUACCUUAGGGAGUCACUUUCUUGCACUGGUCUAUAUAAAGGUCUUUGGCUUUAGAAAAUUACUAUUGUACAAAAAUCUGAGCAAAGUUUUUCCUUCACUCAAAUUUAAGUGGUCUCAUUGUUUAAUAAAAAAUAUCAGUUUGUUGUACUGUCA